AAGAUAUCGCCACUGUCAAUCAGAAAAUUUCCACUAUGCUUAACAGUGGAGAACUACUGAGAGUAAUACCAAUUGCAAAUCAGUUCCUACAAAGAUUACUGAAGAAAGUUUAAGUUUAAGUUAAGUUUGAGGACGUGACCCAAUUUACACGAGUAAUAUCUAUAACACCAACUAUGCAAAUCAUCCUCAAAGACUUUAAAAAGCAAAAAGUUCCCAUCGAAGUUGAAUUGACUGAAACAGUAUUAUCUGUUAAGGAGAAGUUGGCAGCCAUUAAAGAAUGUGAACCAGAUCAAUUGAAGUUUGUAUAUUCUGGGAAAGUCUUACAAGAUGAUAAGACUUUGGGAUUAUUUAAAAUUAAAGAAGGUGAUUCAAUUAUCUUUAUGAUUUCAAAACUAACAAAGAAAUCAACUCCAACUCCUGUCCCUGCUCCAUCGACUGAAGUUAGUACUGAACAAUCAUCUGCAUCUACUUCUUCAAAUAUUGCCCCUAGUUCGACUAGUACUGAUGCUUCUACAUCAGUUUCAACUUCUGCUCCUACUCCUGCUACUGAUGCUGCUGCUGCUACUGCUACUGAUGCUCCUACUAGUAGUGAUGCAGGAUCAGUAUUCACUCAAGGUAGUGAAAGAGAAUCAACCAUUGCAAAUAUUAUGGAAAUGGGUUAUGACAGACCCCAAGUUGAAGCUGCUUUAAGAGCUGCUUUUAAUAAUCCUCAUCGUGCAGUAGAAUAUUUAUUAACAGGUAUCCCAGAAUCUUUACAACGUCCAGCUCCUCAAGCUGCUCCAGCCGCCACACCAGCAGUAGCUGGUGAUUCAACAGUUGCUACUACUGAAGCAACUGAUGCUAUAAAUGAAGAUGAUGAAGAGGAAGAUCGUGGAGAAAAUUUAUUCGAAGCAGCAGCUGCUGCUGCUCAAGCUCAAGGUCAUGGAGGUCAUGAAGUUGGAGCUCCAUCUCAUUCUGAAGCUAGUUUAGGUGAUGAUGAACAAUUAAAUUUAUUAAGAACUGCGUUACAAACCAAUCCUGAAUUGAUCCAUCCAUUACUUGAACAAUUGAGUCAAAGUAAUCCACAAAUUGCUCAAUUAAUACAGCAAGAUCCUGAAGCAUUCAUUAGAACAUUUUUAGGAGCUGGUGGUGAUGAUUUAGGUUAUGAAGUUGAAGGAGAUGAAGCUGGUGGAGAAGCUGGAGAUCCUGAAGGAACUAUUCGUAUUCAUUUAACAGAACAAGAUCAAAAUGCUAUAAACAGAUUAUGUGAAUUAGGAUUUGAACGUGAUCUUGUAAUUCAAGUAUAUUUGGCCUGUGAGAAAAAUGAAGAAGCAGCUGCCGAUAUAUUAUUUAGAGAUAUGUAAUUUGAACAAAUAGGAUUGGUAAAUCCAUAUAAUAUAAUAUAUGU